CCGUAGGGAGGAACGCAAGAUCGCGAUGGCCUCUCAGGAGAAAGCCAUUGCACCCUUGGAAAACCUUAUACCUGCCGUGGUUUGUGUUUUCUUUCCUACCGAAGUAAUGGAGUUGUAAUUUCACACUGGCACAUUCGCAGGGCUGUGCAGAUUCUUUGCACUUUAUUUCAUAGGUGAAUAAGUGCUUUUAGCUUUCUUUGUAUAUGAGUUGCUUUUGAAUUGCUUCCCAUAUUUUUAUUUCAUACAAACUGAACAAUUGUGGCCCCUCUAUUUUAUUUAUAAAGGUUCAGUGUAUCUUUGCCUGCCUACAUCAAUCUGCAAGGGAGUUGCAGAAAAGCCUCAUGUUCAUCGAGCCGUGAGUCACAACCAAUUUCUAAGCUGUUAUAACAAAAAAGUGUUUGCUUUUUUCACAAAUAACUUUAAAAGUGUAGUUUAGAAAGAAAAAAAACAUUUUCAAUAAAAAGACACUACAUUAAUCCUGGAUGCUUGCGAGUCCUGAAAUAUAUUCCUCCUUGACUAUUACACAGCUCUGUGUCCUAUACACAGAUUAGCUUUAAAAUUUGUCACAUACCACUUUGCCUUUACUUUUAUGUAUCAUUCCCCCUGACUUCCUUACUGCAGGUGUGGGCAAGAAAACUUUUCCUUUAAAACUUUUCAACAGCGGGCAUAAAAUUCUGCAGCUGAGUUCUUGAAGAAUGCAGAUGGGUACAGUAUGUGUUGGAGCUCACAGUGUGUAUUGACUAACCUAGUUCUUUUUUUGCCUUUUUUUUUUUUUUUUUUUUUUUUUUGGUGUUGUCUUGUAAAAAGUGACUCCCAGGUGCCAACUUUUUUAAGGGCGGGAAUGAAAGGACAGUAGGAAAAAUGAAUUAACAGUCAGUGAUAGAAUUUUAAGGCUUUUUUCUUUGUGUAAUUUUAAGCAAGAUAUUGCCCGUGCAUUUGUCCGUAACAGAAAAUAGCUUUUGUUGGUGGAAAUUGCCAGCUAUAGGUCAUCAGUGGUGAUUCAUAGCACUGUGAUUACAUGGGUUUUAGUAUAUCAAUCCCUACAUGUGCAUUUUGACUAAUGGCCUUUUGGUGCUCAGCCUUUUACUUCUGACUCGACUUGUUUGGCACAGUGAUGGAGUCAGAUCUCAUUAAGGGUGAUUCUUCUUGAUAAACUUACUAUUUUAAAAAAAGUCUGUGUUCCACUGCAGUUGUAAAUUAUCUUUAGAUCAGCUUUUCAGUAUAUGAUGGGGAGAAGAAGUGAUAGUCAACAAAUCAUCCAGGAGACGAAACCAGACAGAGGGUCAAGUUUACAGAUGACCGAGUCUGCAAGAGUCACCUUCUGGACUGCUGCCCCCAUGACAUCCUGGCUGGGACGCGGAUGGAUUUAGGAGAAUGUACCAAAAUCCAUGAUUUGGCCCUCCGUGCAGACUAUGAAAUCGCAAGUAAAGAAAGAGACCUGUUUUUUGAAUUGGACGCAAUGGAUCAUUUGGAGUCCUUCAUUGCAGAGUGUGACAGGAGGACUGAGCUUGCCAAGAAACGACUGGCGGAAACACAGGAGGAAAUCAGUGCAGAAGUUUCGGCAAAGGCAGAAAAGGUACAUGAAUUGAAUGAAGAAAUAGGAAAACUCCUUGCUAAAGCUGAACAGCUAGGAGCUGAAGGAAAUGUGGACGAAUCCCAGAAGAUUCUUAUGGAAGUUGAGAAAGUUCGUGCAAAGAAAAAAGAAGCUGAGGAAGAAUACAGAAAUUCUAUGCCUGCAUCCAGUUUUCAGCAGCAAAAGCUCCGUGUCUGUGAAGUCUGUUCAGCCUACCUUGGUCUUCACGACAAUGACCGCCGUCUAGCAGACCAUUUUGGGGGCAAGUUACAUUUGGGAUUCAUUCAGAUCCGAGAGAAGCUUGAUCAGUUGAGGAAAACAGUGGCUGAAAAGCAAGAAAAAAGAAACCAGGAUCGCUUGAGGAGGAGAGAGGAGAGAGAACGAGAGGAGCGGCUGAGCAGGAGGUCUGGCUCAAGAACCAGAGAUCGCAGGAGGUCACGCUCCCGAGAUCGGGAUCGACGUCGGAGACGGUCAAGAUCUACCUCGAGAGAACGGCGCAAAUCUUCCCGGUCUCGGUCCCGAGACAGCCACCGACGUCAUCGCAGCCGUUCCCAGAGCCACAGCCGGGGACACCGCCGGGCUUCCAGGGACAUGAGUGCAAAAUACAAGUUCUCCAGGGAGCGCACAUCGAGAGAGAAGUCCUGGGAGUGCGGACGGAGUGAGCGAGGGUAUUCUGACUGGAGGCUGGAGAGCUCCAAUGGGAAGACAACUUCUCAGAAGUCAGAGGAGAAGGAGGCUGGAGAGAUCUGAACCCUAGUCCUGGAGCUGUAAAUAGUCUGACAAAACAUUCAACACAGCCUAAAGUUAUUCUAUAUUUGCUGAAUCCAACUCAUCUUUUGUAGUUUAACAUUUCUGUUGUUUGGCGCUAGCUGUGACUUCAAGUUGUACAGUUGCUCCUGUGUGUGGGGUUAUAUUGUAUAGGAAUAAAUAGACCUAACGGGCUGCCUCUGUCAGCUA